AAACAAACACAUGCGUUGAACAAGUCUGAAUGAGCAGUGCACGCCAUCUCCUUUUAUACCUGUAUGUCCGGGGGGAAGUGCGGCAUGCAAAUUCCACUCUCCAAUUUUCCUUGACCUUUUCUGAAUAAAGCAAAGAUUAUCUGGCUGUAUGGUGACAGAGGUUGGCUGUUGUUUUGUAGCUUCAGCUCUGAGUUCAAACCCCUCACACCUACGAGAGCUGGAUCUGAGCUACAAUCACCCAGGAGAAUCAGGAGCCAUACUGCUCUCUAAGAGACUCAACGAUCCAAACUGCACUCUGGACAAACUGAAUGUGGAUCAUGGAGGAGAGUUCAGGAUUACAGCAGGACCACGCAAAUAUGUCUGUGAUCUCACACUGGAUUCAAACACAGCACACCCUGAACUCAUUCUGUCUGAGGGGAACAGGAAGGUGACACGUGUGAGAGAGCGUCAGUCAUAUCCUGAUCAUCCAGAGAGAUUUUACUGGCAUCAUCAGGUUUUGUCUAGAGAGAGUCUGACUGGACGCUGUUACUGGGAGACUCAAAGGAGUGGGGAUGAUGUUGUUAUAUCAGUGUCAUAUAAAGAAAUCAGCAGGAAAGCAGAGAGUCUUGACUGUGAGUUUGGAUGCAAUAUAAACUCCUGGAGUCUGUGGUGCUUUAAUGACAGAUUCACUGUCUAUCACAAUAAUAACAGAACUGACAUACGUCCCCGUUCAGACGACUGUAAGAGAGUAGGAGUGUAUUUGGACUGUCCGGCCGGCACUCUGUCCUUCUACAGCAUCUCUGACACACACACGCUCACACACUUACACACAUUCAUCUGCACAUUCACUCGACCCCUCUAUGCUGGAUUUGAUCUUAAUUCUUAUUCGUCAGUGAGUCUGUGUGAAACUGAACAUCAGAGACACACACACACAACUGGAUGAGUGAAAUAUACUCACUGUAUCAAUUACACUCAAAUGUUCAAUUACAAAUGAUAUAAAAAUGUCUAUAUAUAUAUAUAUAUAUAUAUAUAUAAAAAGAAAAUAAUGUGAGUGUUAUAAAC